AAUGUAAUCUUUUUUGUACAUUCUAACUUAAACUUAGUAAAUUAGGUAAUUUAGAUUUUUCUUUAAUAAAAUGGAAUACAUUUCCCAUAAAAAGUUCUCAAUAUCUAAUGUUAUACAAUAUAACUUAUAUUUAUUGUUUUUUUCUACAAUAUUGAAUACAAACAGUCGUUUAGAUUACAUAUACUGAGGUUAAGUAGAAUUACCUUAAUUGUUUUACGUAUGAAUAAAUAAAAACUUUCAUCGUGAGAAGCAUCAGGUAAUAAAAACAGUGACGUCGCCAGUGACGUGUCUUUCAAACUUAUUAACAAAUAUAAAAUGAUAUUAAUUUAUAUAAUUGGAAUUCUUUAUUAAAAUAUAAUAGAAUAUUUAAUAGAGGCAAUUUCUGUUAAGAAAAUUGUUUUAAAAGCACGUAAAAAGAAUAGCACAACAAUGUAGGACGGGAUGGUUUAUUGAUUAGUCUGGCCGUGUGGAUGGAAACAAAUCGAUUAUUUGGACUAGUGCCAAAUCCUUGCAUCUUUCUCCUCUGUAGACAUGGGAAAGUUACCUCACUUUAAACAUCUUUUUGCUACCAAAUGUAAAAUGGCUCACAUAGAGAACAAUCACAUCGUACCACGAUUUCCGACCUCGCAAUCUGCUUCAAGUGGUUUGUCUGAAUUACCUUUAAAAGUUGCUGCCAGUACGAACGAACAAGAUGAACCUAUAUCUGGUGAAGGUAUACAUUUGAAACGAAGAGUGGGAUUAGUUAGUGGAGUUGCCCUUAUUGUUGGAACUAUGAUUGGAUCCGGAAUCUUUGUCUCUCCUAAAGGAGUUUUAUUGAGGUCAGGUUCCGUAGGAUUGAGUCUUGUGAUAUGGGGCGCUUGCGGUUUGCUUUCACUUUUAGGUGCAUUAUGUUAUGCAGAACUGGGAACAUUCGUUCCAAUGUCAGGAGGUGAGUACGCUUAUCUGCUAACUGGCUUCAAAGAUAUAAAACCAUUACCUGGUCCUCUACCUGCAUUCCUGUACAGUUGGAUGUGUGUACUACUAUUGAAGCCGUCUUCUCUAGCUGUUUUAUCAUUGAGUUUUGCUGAAUAUUCAGUUCAAGCAUUAUAUUCACCUGGUUGUUUUGGUUCUGUUAUUAGCAAGAAAUUAAUAGGCAUCAUUUGUGUAUGUAUCAUCACUUUUGUCAACUGUUACAGUGUUAAUUUAGCAACUAGAGUGCAAAAUUUAUUCACUGCAGCAAAACUAUUAGCGAUUGCCAUUAUCAUCGGAGGUGGUUUAGUUAAAAUUGCUCAAGGUCAUACUCAAUAUUUGGCUGCGGGAUUUCAGGGAUCUACAACUUCAUUUUCUGAUGUAGCUACUGCAUUUUAUAGCGGAUUAUGGGCUUACGAUGGAUGGAACAAUUUAAAUUACGUUACUGAAGAAUUAAUAAAUCCUUACGUAAAUCUUCCACGAUCAAUAGCUAUAGCUAUUCCUUUGGUAACAUUAUGCUAUGUAAUGGUUAAUAUUUCAUAUAUGACUGUUAUGUCAUCAUCUGAAUUAUUAGCUUCAGAAGCUGUUGCUGUGGGUUUUGCUAACCAUGUGUUAAGCCAAGCAGCUGUCAUAAUCCCUAUCUUUGUUGCUGUUUCUACCUAUGGUGCAGGCAAUGGAAGUUGCUUUACCGCAGCAAGACAUGAAUUUUUCUGCAUGUGCUAAUAAGAUACACUAUCAAAUAAUGAAACUAGAAAUAAACUUCUUGAGAUAUGCCAAACAUUUAUUAAUCCUUGCAGAAUUUUUAUUUUGCUUGCACUUGUAAAUAUUCCCUUUAUCUGUUUAGUUCAUAUAACAAUAAUUUGCAUUCUUAAAAAGUUAAAUUUUUUUUUCCUGUUGAACUUUUAACUUUGCAUGAACAUCUUUUUAAAAUUUCAUUAAACAGGAAAUGGUAUUUAA